GCUGUCCGUAUCCUCUCCAUAAAAGGCUCUCGCACUAGGGUUUCCGAGCUUCUCCGCCUUGUUCCGCCCAUUUCCAAAACCCUAACCUUAGGAGAAAGAGAGCGGGACAGAGCCCGAGGAGCGGCGGCGGCGGCGGCGAUGACGACCCGCUUCAAGAAGAACCGGAAGAAGCGUGGCCAUGUGAGCGCCGGGCACGGUCGCAUCGGCAAGCACCGGAAGCACCCCGGUGGCCGCGGUAACGCCGGAGGCAUGCACCACCACCGCAUUCUCUUCGACAAGUACCAUCCCGGGUACUUUGGCAAGGUCGGCAUGCGCUACUUCCACCGCCUCCGCAACAAGUUCUACUGUCCCACCGUCAACGUCGACCGCCUCUGGUCCCUCGUCCCCGACGACGUCAAGGAGUCCGCCGUUGCUUGCGACGCCAACUCCGCCCCCUUGAUCGAUGUCACCCAGUUCGGCUACUUCAAGGUCCUCGGCAAGGGCAUGCUUCCCCCCUCCCGCCCCGUCGUCGUCAAGGCCAAGCUCGUAUCCAAGAUUGCGGAGAAGAAGAUCAAGGCCGCCGGCGGCGCCGUACUCCUUACCGCUUGAUCCGAUUUGAUAUACUCUUGUUCGGAGAUCUAGGGUUAUAUUACUUAAUCUUUUGGUUAGUUUCUGCUUUAAAGUUUUGAUUUUGAGACUUCCAUUUGAGUAUGUGUUGGAGACUUGAUUCAGAUUUCUUAUUUUGGAUUGCUGAUAUAUGUUUAAUUGCUGUCAUGAGUCUAUUAAAAAUAGAUUUUGAUAAAGUUGAUAGUUUUAA